CUCGCCGAUCAAGCCGGCCCUCCCCCCGUCUCAUUUGGCCCACAUCCCGGGAGACGCGGCCUGUCAAACAUUGGUUUUAUGAUCCGCCCUUCCGGUUUUGGUGCCACGGAAACCACGGGAGCCACGUCUUAAGAGAAAGUUUUACUACCACAAAAUAUAAUUAUCCCGUCCGAGAACCCCCCCCUCCCCGGGGCUUCCCUGGGACCUGCGAGCAACACCCAUUCUUCUCUUCCCUCGUAUCGACUGCCCCCUCCCCGUCCCGAGAGGUGCGAAGCCCAGGGCCAUCACUUUGUUACAAGACCUUCUUUGAAAUACGAUGACCCAGACCUGCGAGUCUCGCAACGCGUUACCCGUCGAGAUUCAGCAGUGCGCCCUUCUCCAGCUCCUCGCCAACUCGCUCGUGCUGUCGCAGACAGCGCCCUACCUCUCCUGUUACGAUGUCUUGAACCUUGCAGCCACUGCGCGGGCCUUCCGCUUCCUCGUCUAUCAUACCCCCAACGUCUUCCGUCGCCUAGACUUGGGCAGGGUCAAGACGGCCCAGUUCGAGAUUGACGCCAUCGACCAUGGCGGACAGACGUGGCGCAACGUCCAAGUCGACGAGUACUUGAGCGAAGAAGACUUCUACGCUGGUCCUCUCCGAGGCAUCUUCUCCAAGCUCCGCCGUGCCGACAUCUUGAGGGACGUGCAGGUCCUCUCGCUGGAUGGUCUCUCCGUCACGGCCGAGCUUGUCCACGACAUCCUUACCGACCCCUCGUUCUCGGUCCGGAUCUUGUCCAUCCGUGGCGUCAAGAACAUGAACGAGCGAAAGCUCCGGGCCGCGCUGCAGUAUGCCUGCCGCCAAUCGCGGCCCGAGGGGGCCCCUCGCUUGAAGGGAUUGUACGUCUUUGGUCCGCGGGAUGCCUCCCCGCCCGCAUCGGCGUCUCCGCCGACGGCGGCGGCGGCGGCGGUCGCCACGACCUGGAACGCGCGCAGCCAGAAGGCCCUGACGGCUUCCCUGGCCGAGGAGCCAGAGGCGUGGUAUGUCCGUCGGGGCAACCAGUUCCCGAACCUGCCGAACCGCAUCAGCCCCGAGUGGGCGUCCACGCUCGUCGCCUGUGCCGGCGUCAUCUCGUUCGACGCGGUCCUCUGUACCGGCCCGCGGCACUUCAACUCGCCCGCCUGGGGCAAGGUCUACCUCGAGGCCCCGGACGCGAGCGUGCCUCACUUCAGCGUCGCAACCCACAGCCUGGGCGGCUGUGCCUCUUGCGGCUCAGCUCCCGAGGGCUGGACGGUCUGGGGCGAGGAGCUGCUCGCCGCCUCGGGCGGCCGUGACGCUGACGCUGACGCCGACGCUGGCGCCGAUGCUGACGGGUGCAGGAGGAGGACGAGCGAGAGUUACGUGGCCGACCUCGCCAGGUUCCCCCUGCUCGCGCCUCCGCCGAUGCACUCUGCCAGCCUCCGCGUCGCCAUGUGCCCGACCGGGCAGAGCGUGAAGCCGCGCCGCCCGUUCAGCCCGAGCGGAAAGCAGCAGGGGGCCGCACGUUUCAUUCCCCGGUGCUUCGACUGUAUCCGAGACCGCUACUGCGCAGGAUGCCACAAGUGGUGGUGCGAGGCGUGCUACGUCGGUCCCCGGGCCUCAUCCCUUUCCGGUCCCGGCCCCCGAGGCUGUCUGUGUAAGGCGACAGUGUAGAGAGUCGAAACGCGCAAGAUCCGAGAGGGGAUCUGCGUUUUGAGUAGGAAGUUCUUGGAUUUCCACAAGGUCAAGCCGAGCUGUGCGCCCUGCGGCAGGGAGAGAGGAAGAGUGACCGAGAGGUCCAAGACUCUUUCCCUCCUCGCUUUUCCCCCUUUCCCUCCCUUUUCGAUGGUGGCAUUUUGGCGCCGGUCGUGAAAGCAUCCCCGAGCCGAACGAGCCGUGCCCUUGGCACCAUGUCUUGCCUGCCGGGGCUGUUUAAAAAGGCCCACGUUUCCAAGAGUUGCUGGGAGUGUGGCAUGAACUGCAAGGACUGCAUCGACGGCACCCAGCGCGUAUGUAAGAUAUGCGGUGGCGGUUAUUGCUUGAUCCACAACGAAGGCUCGAAUAUGCGUACGUGCGAAUGUAAGCGCGCGUCCCCCCCCCCCGCCCUUUUAGAAAUCUAUAUUUUUGAGUCUCGCUUAUCACGAAUCCCUCCGCGUUUCCCGAGAACCGGCUCGGUCUAACUUUGUGGUUCAACCAGGGUGCGCUGGAAGAACCAGACGCUUCGCCCGGGACCUCUACUGAAGGGGGUACCCACGGAUCUGAACCUUACCUUAAUCAUCACUCGACCUGUUUGCGACAUUGCUGCUUCCUUACCGCCUUGAAGGCGUUUCGGAGGAACAAUACUUACCUUAAUCUCCACUCGCAUGCAACCGACGCCCCAAUUUUGAGCAUGGUGUCGUAUCUUGAACGAGACACUUCUCCCCAGCAUCCAGCGCAUUUCUAACGGUCUCCUCUCUGCUAUACCGGUUUAAUGUCACAUUUUUUCUCAACACUCUCCGCUACAAGCGUUUUAUUGGCUAGUGCACCUAUCUUUGUUUGGCUUGGGGUUCGCGGCUGCUUCGUACGUAUUAAUUACGACGCGUUUACCUACGU